UCCUAAACUUUAUUACGAAAAAACCAGUCAAUACCCUUAUAAAUACAGCUAAACCCUAAGGCGUUCCCCUCGCACUUUCAUCGACUUCAGACACAGACAAGCGAUUUCAUUACGUUCUCAGAAGAAAUCAUGAACACUACUGCAGCAGUUACCCAUCUCCGUCAUCAUCUGCAGCAAAUCUCCGGAGCCGAAGACCUCAAGAUCCAUCUCAGUGCUUACGUUGUUCCGCCAGAUUCAUCCGAAUUGCCCUUUUCGUUCGAGUGUCAGUUCUCUCCGUACGAAUUCGUGUACGAGGAGGACGACUCUCCGGGCAAGGAAGAGCUUUACUACUUCUUAACCGAAUCCGGAAUCGAAGACUUCGAUGCUCAGUUCGUGAUCAUUGACCUCGUUCUCUUGGCCUGUGAAGUGCUGAAUUCGAUUGACGAUGGGUUUAGAGGAGUGCUGGCAUUGAAUCUGAUAGUUCUCUUCCAUCCGGUCGAGGAUAACCGACCCGGUUCAGGACCCAAAUCCGGUUUAGACCUGGGAGGCGGAGCAGCUAAGCAGGAGGGCGUGGAAGACGGUGGACAAAAACCCGGUUCAGACCGGCGAACCGGUGGUGAGGAGAAGACGGAGGAACGCGUGAAAAGACAGGGUGGGGAAUUUACGGUUUCUUGCACAUGAAGCAACCGCCCAUAUAAAUAUGCGAAAUCUGUUCAUAAAUAUUCACCUAGU